UGUUAUGGAGCAAGCAUGAAGCCUAACCACUUCCCCGGACUGUCUCUGACCGAGUGCGGGCUUGUAUUCCCGGGCCAGCCCUACUCCGCCUGCGUGCUCAAAGCGGGCUACAGCGUGGCCCAACCGGACGGGACUUUCAAAGCGGACGGGACGAUCACACUGCUCACGGGGCCCCGAAACAUCCUGGUGGACACCGGCGGACCGUGGGACCGAGACUUCCUGCUGGGGAGCCUGGAGGAGCGGGGGCUGAGCGCGGGAGACAUCAACGUGGUGGUGGGGACGCACGGACACUCGGACCACGUGGGGAACCUGGGCCUGUUCCCCGGGGCGCUGCUGGUCGUGGGGUUCGACGUGUGCAGGGGGGACACGUACGUGGAUAGUGGAUUAGCGCGCGGGGAGGCAUACUGCGUGGACGAGCAUACACCAGUGAUUGAUUAAUCGACUUAAUCAACUACUAAGAGACUACAGCC